GUCCCUGGAGCAGAUGGGCCCCCUGCUCGUCUUCGGCGGCUACCAGGUGCGCCUGCGCUGCCCCGACCGGACGAGGUGCUCGCCUUCUGCGACUGGCAGCGCCGGGCCCGGGGCCUCUCCGGCGAGGACUUCGCCAGGUUUCGCGUCAAGUGCAUGGCCGGCCUCGUCGCCGCGCUGUUCGGCGCGGCGGUCGUGCUGUACCCCACAGGCUACUUCGGGCCGCUGUCCUCGCGGAUCCGCGGGCUGUUCAUGCAGCACACGAAGACGGGCAACCCGCUGGUGGACUCCGUCGCCGAGCACCAGCCCGCGAGCGCGGGCAUGUACGCCAGCUACCUGCACCUGCCGCUCGACUACGCGCUGCUGGGCGGACUCACGUGCCUGGCCCAGCGAAACAACGGC